CCUCCUCCUCCGUGUUCUUGUCACAUUGUCCAACAUGGCUGCGUCCAUGGUGAGGAUAUGCCGUUAUGCAUCGCGGCGUGGACCCUGUAUUCUCCUUGGGCGAACGCGUGUUUACCUCCCACUUGAAUCCAGAUUUCACUGUUCCCCCCCUGCGCACAGCGGACUGCUCUUCUCUCUAAAUAAACGCGGCAUUCUGAAGGAUUCGUUCCCAGAAAGCGCAGCGCAGGACCAGCUCCCGCAGCUGCUCCAGUCUGGCUGUCAGACUAUAUACUGCGGCUUUGACCCCACGGCCGACAGCCUCCAUGUGGGCAACCUGCUGGCCAUCAUCGGCCUGCUGCACUUCCGCAGCGCCGGGCACCACGUCCUGGCCGUGCUCGGAGGCGCCACGGCGCAGAUCGGAGACCCGAGCGGGAAAACGAGCGAGCGGGAGCGGCUGACCGCGGACACCGUGGAGGCGAACACCAGCGGCAUCCGCGAGAGCAUUCAGAGGAUUUUCACCAACCACGAGCUGUACUUCCACGACAGCACCAGGACGCUGGGCCCUGUGGACAUACUGAACAACAUGAGCUGGUAUAAGAACUGGGGAGUUGUGGGGUUUCUGUCGGACGCCGGAAGGUACUUCAGGAUGGGCACCAUGCUCAGCCGCCACAGCGUCCAGUCCAGGCUGAAGAGCGCAGACGGUAUGAGCCUGACAGAGUUCACCUACCAGGUGUUCCAAGCUUAUGACUUCUACCACCUGAACCAAAUAUACGGCUGCAAGAUCCAGCUCGGAGGCACCGACCAGCUGGGCAAUUUGAUGUCUGGACAUGAUUACAUCCACAAGGUUAGCGGUGAGGAGGUGUACGGUCUGACCAUCCCGUUAGUGACCAGCUCUGUCGGCGACAAGUUGGGGAAAACGGCGGGCAACGCCAUAUGGCUCAACAGAGACAAGACAUCACCCUUUGAACUCUACCAGUUCUUUCUCAGGCAGCCUGACGCCAGUGUUGAACGGUACCUGAAGUUGUUCACCUUCCUGCCUCUGGCAGAGGUGGAGAAGCUGAUGGAGCAGCAGAGAAAGGAUCCAGGUAAACGGCUCGCACAUAAGCGGCUGGCUGCUGAAGUGACGAAGCUGGUGCACGGAAAGGAGGGGCUGGAGAGUGCCAAGAGAUGCACCAAUGCGCUGUAUCACAGCAGUGUGCAGGCCUUGGAAGAAAUGAGUGACGAGGAGCUUCAGGAACUCUUCAGGGAGGCUCCCUUCCAUGAGCUGAUGCUGGAGCCGGGGACCACGGUGAUAGACGCCUGCCGCAAGGCCAACGCCAUCCCUGACGGACCCAGAGGAUAUCAGAUGAUUUCAGAUGGAGGUGUGUGGAUCAACCACACGCGGGCGGACAAGCCGGAGCAGGUGCUCAUCCCCAGACUUCACGUCCUGUCUAACGGACUCAGUUUGCUUAAAGUGGGCAAAAGGAACUUUUACAUCAUCAAGUGGCUCAGUCUCUGAGGCUGCCUUAUCGAACAAGGGACCAGUGUAAUGGACUGACUGGGAAGGUAGGCGACUCCACCUCAGCAGGGUCAGUGAGGACACUUUGAUGGACUGAUAUUUACGGAGUAUUUGGCGUAGCCUAAAUCCGUCGUGGUUUCCUCUGGUUGUUAAAUUAAUAUGUACAUGUACAGAUGUGAUGUUUAUCCAAAGCUAUGGUAUUAAAAGACAUUUGAUAUAAAGAUGGUUUCCUGCUCACUUUGUACAGCUAGAGGAUUUGCAAGGUGACCACUAGGGGGCACCAUUGUCACAGUCUUGUGUUAGUCUGGGGCCGCCACAGCUGCACCACAUAGCCCACUGUGACCCCUUAAGUAAAUAAUUGCUCACUGUAAAAUUAAAUUGCAUCAUUUCUCUCAGGUUAUAGUUCUAUUUUAAGCAAAUCAUGUUUCUUUCAAUUUGAUGAGAACAUGAGGCACAUCUGUCUUAACAGGGCUGUUCUUUCUCUCAUGGUGGUGGGAAGUGUAAACUAACACAAGGAACAAGAAAAGGGGUUUUUAUGUGUUUGAAAACAAGCGUGUUUUAGUUGUAGAUAAUUUUUUGAUAACGUUUAUUUUAUGUUGCUAUUUCUGCAGUAGUUUUUGAAGAUUGAAACUUGAUUUUCCAGAAAGGAGGAGAGUUUUCACAGUGGUGUAAAUAACAAUUUCUAACUUUCAGCACUGACCUUUGUCAAUGGGUUUUCUUUUUAGAUUUUUUUUUUAUAUAUAUAUUUUUGCAGACUUCUGAUGUGUAUGCCCUUUUUUUUUUUUUUUUUUUGCCAGAGUACAUCUGUUCUCUCUUUUCGUCCAGGGGUCUUGUGGCGAUGAGGUCUGGUGUGUGCUGACCUUGACCUUCCCCACUCAGCUCCAGAUAAUUGAAGGAAAUACUGCUGCGUUAUAAAGACACUCAGUUUGCAAAAUUGGCAGAAUGUCUUAUUGAGUCUUUUAGUAAUCAUUGGAUAGUUUUGAUAUUGGGGGUGCUAUACAUACUUUAGCAAAGGGCCCACACCUUUAGACUAAGUAUUUAGAGAAAUGUCAUCUCUUAAGGUGGAAUGUUUGUAAGUGGUUCAUUUUUAACUACCAAAAAAUGCUCCGUAAUAUAUUUGAAUACUCAUUAUUCUGCAUAGUUUUGGCUGCUGUUUGAGUUUAUCCUUUCCUAUUUGGGAUUUGUAAAAUAUAUAAAACGAUAUUUAGUUUAGUGUACAAAACAGCCUGCGUUGCAGAUGAAGGAGAUGUUUUGUGGUCAUCACAUUUAAAUGAAGAUAAGGUUGUGUCUCAAACUACAUGUUGACGUUUAGUCUUAUUACUUUUUGGUACAAGGAAGAAGUUUUAAAACCAUACAUGUGAUGUACUCAGGUAGUAUUUGGAUUUGUCUGUACCUUCUAUUGUUGAUAGAAGUUAACUUUAAUAUGAACUGGCUGAUGAAAAACAAAUGGCAGCAUCCUUUCUCAUUGGCUUUCUUUUAUUUUUACACAGAGGACUUAUUUUCCUGUCGUGUUGUACUGGCUGUCUACAAUCAGAAAUAUAUAUCCUUUUGUUCACGUAAA